GGAGCCACCCCCUUGCUGAAUCAUCGCCGAGCCAUGGCCGGACAGCUCGUCCGCCCGGGCAGCGGAGCAUUCCCCGGCCGGGCAUGAGGCGGUGGCGGAGCUGACGCGAGGCACAGACCUGUUAACAUUCGGCUCAGGCGCGGGCGAGCGGCUGCGGGGAGAAAACCUUCCCGUUUCAUGGCAGCGGGAGCCGCGGAUGCAGCUUUGAGCUCAAAGGCAAGACGUGCGCUGCUGUAAGGAAUGUCCCCCUGCCUUUGAGGUUGCUGAAAAGUGCCUUUCCUGAAGCCACCGCUGCUUGGAUUUCUGUCUAGGGCUGCCUCUCUCUGCCCCUCGCCCCCCUCUCUGUUUAAUUCGGCGUUGCUUGCAGUCCGUGCCCUGACGGCGGCUCCUCCAGCCUUGCCCUUUUUUUUUUUUUUUUUUUUUUGCUCCCCAUUUACACGCAGUUUGCUCAGCCAUUUUAUUUUUUUUCUUUCCCCCGACUAUGUAGCAAAUAUUUAAAAGAAAAGAAAGAGGAAAAAAAAAUCAGACAUCCUUUUGCCUGUUUUGAUGCUCGUGAACCAUAAUUUUUAGAAGCAAGAAAUAGAAGGAAAAAAAAAAAAAAAACAAACCCGAAGUUUUCUCCCCAAGGACCGAGACCAUUCCACAAACUGAAGUGCUGCCAGCAGCAUAUGCUUUUUGCAAGAAUAAUUGAAACCAUUAACUGGAGAGCACAGAAUUCUUUUGAAAGUCUGCCAGUUAUUUGCAAGUAACUUUGGCAGUGGCACAAAAUAUAACACUUGUAUUUUAACUUCUACAAUUGCACUUUUAGGAGCUGGCCUCUAAUUUGAUUUUCAGUUGUUCUGAUAAGAUUUCUAUUUUAUGAUUGGCUUUAUGUUUAAUUCUUGUUUAAAGAAACACGAUUUGACUUAAAUGAAAACCUAAGUGCUGAUGAAUAGGAGUUUUACCAAAGCAACAAGUUAGUUAUUUCUUCACAUUUAACUUGAAUUCACUUUUUUACCCUUUUUUUAAAAAAAAAAAGAAGAAAAAAGAAGAUCAGCAGUAAACAUUACCCUGAGGAAGGGUGCGAUUGCUUGCAUUUUAAUUUUUGUUUUUUAAUAUGGCUGUAAACGUUUCCCUGGUUCGUGAUACAAAAUGGCUGACGUUAGAAGUGUGUCGAGAGUUUCAGAGAGGGACUUGUUCUCGGUCUGAUGCAGAGUGCAAGUUCGCCCAUCCGUCACGGAGUUGCCAUGUGGAAAAUGGUCGAGUUAUUGCCUGCUUUGACUCCCUAAAGGGCCGGUGUACCCGAGAGAACUGCAAAUAUCUCCACCCUCCCCCACAUUUAAAAACACAACUUGAAAUAAAUGGACGCAACAACCUGAUCCAGCAGAAGACGGCCGCAGCCAUGUUUGCUCAGCAGAUGCAGUUCAUGCUCCCGGGCGCGCAGCUACAGCCAAUUACAACGUUUCCUGUGACUCCAUCGCUUGCAACAAGCCCCACAAUGGCUUUUAGUCCCUACCUGAGUCAUGUUUCUCCUGGGAUGGGUUUAGUUCCUGCAGAGCUUUUACCAAAUACUCCUGUCCUGGUUUCUGGAAAUCCUACUGUUACAGUACCGGGAGGCUCUGCUGGGCAGAAACUGAUACGUACGGAUAAACUGGAGGUUUGUCGAGAGUUUCAGCGUGGAAAUUGCACACGUGGUGAGAAUGAUUGCCGCUAUGCUCACCCUAUAGAUAUUGCAAUGAUAGACACAAAUGAAAAUACUGUUACAGUUUGCAUGGAUUACAUCAAAGGUCGAUGCUCUAGGGAGAAAUGCAAGUACUUUCAUCCCCCUGCACACCUGCAAGCCAAAAUCAAGGCAGCUCAACACCAGGUGAACCAGACAGCUGCAGCUGCAAUGGCCCUGCCGCCUGGUGCACUUCAACCUUUACCAAAGAGGCCAGCACUUGAAAAAAACAAUGGUGCCACCACAGUCUUUAACCCAAGCGUUUUCCACUACCAACAGGCUCUAGCCAACAUGCAGUUGCAACAGCCUGCAUUCAUCCCUACAGUGCCCAUGAUGCACGGUGCUACGCCCACCACUGUGUCUGCAGCAACAACUCCUGCCACCAGCGUCCCCUUCGCUGCAACAGCUACCGCCAAUCAGAUAUCCCAGUUAUCAGUAGAUGAACUGAGUAGCAGCAUGUUUGUUUCACAGAUGUAGAAGUUCCCGAUAGAACACAGACCAUGUUGAAAUUGUGAACAGUAAAAUUAUGGAGCACCAGGACUUCUUGGUGGGAAGCUGCGCAUGGCCUUUCUGUAUAUAUUCCCCUCCUCCCUCUAUCAUUCUCUACCACCUCUACAGUAAGCCUGUUGCAGCCUACAUGUUAACCAAAAACUGAUCAAUGGGAAUGUCAAAAAAAAAAAAAAGAAAAAAAAAAGCACUAUAGAAACAAUUAACAAACAGCGCUCUGUUAUAUGAGAUAUACAAGUAGGAAAUUAUAAUAGACUUUUAUAACACAUUACUUUAACACACUUAAUCAUUUUAUGACUACCAUCAUGAUAAGUGCAUCUGCACAGCGGACUGUUGGUUUACUGUAUACUAUCGAUGGAUAAAUGUUUGUCUUGUUUUUAAAGUGUUAUCUUACUGUUUUGUUUACAUCAUAGUCUAUUGAUUUGUUUUAAAGUGUACAUCAUUAUCAAGUAUACUCAAUACCAUUUUUCAUUAUUGUUAUGUCUUAAGUUUUCAUAUACUGUAGGUUUUAUGGGGUUUUGUUUGUUUUUUACUAAAAAUGUUAUUGUGGGAAACAGGAAUUAUGUGCUUGAAAAACACGACACAGAAUGUUCUGCCCUUUGCUGGAUUUUGCUGUUAAUGUCAGCUGAAGUUGCUUAUGUUAAAUGCUCCUUUUAUCAUUUAAAACUUGCCUUCAGAUAGUCUCCAAAUUUUUAGUACAAGUGAUGUGAAAAGAUAGCUAUCAUUUUAGUCCAGUUCAGGGUUCUUCUUUCAAUACAAUGAGCUGAUUCUGGAAACUUUUGGAAAAAAAAAGGAACACAAAAGCCCAGGCUCAGUAAGGGGACAGGAACAAUUUGCUCAGACAGGGGUAAGCAUCAAGGGAUUUCUGCAGCUCUGUUGUCCAUUGAAGUGCAUUCUCAGCUGCAAACGGCGCACAAUCUCUCUCGCUGUUCUCAUGGUGCAGUCAAAACAAACAACAGAAAAAUGGUGGUGGAGUGAGACAGCUUCAGUUGGGCAAAAGCUCAUUGCAUUGGAGAGGAGCAGGUGCCAGCCCUUGGCUGGGGAGGGCCCGGGGCCGUGGCUCAGCCCAGGCUGGGUAGCACCGAACCCUGGGGCUUGUCUCCACCAAGCAUGCUGAAACAUUUUGGCCUGAAAUCUUAUAUGUGUCUCUUGUUGAAAUUUUGUCAGCAUGCCCCAUUUAUUUAAUCACUAUUUUCCAUAAGUGGGUGAUUAUUUCCCCCAUCCCUGUGAUCUCUGGCCCUUUAAAGCAAACACAGCAGUAACAAAGCAGCAAAAAGCUCAGCAUAAGCUUUCUGCUGAAGAUAAACACUUGUCUUAAUGGAGUUCCUGUCGGUCAGUGGAUUUAUUUUGGCACCUUCUACUUGAUCAAGAGCAAUGUUUGUUGCACAACAAGGGCUAGUUCUCAAUACCUCCUUUUCAUACGCACGAAUAAAACCAUUUCAGCCCGUGCACCCUGGACAGCCCUGCCUGUCGUUAUGCUGCGUUGCUGAACAAUCUGGCUGCAGAAAUGCAUUUUGGUUGAGGAUACCACCAAAUUCAUCCCUAUCAUAGCUCUACAGUAUCAUUGGCAUUAUAGGAGAGGUGGAUUUGCUGCUGUAAAUCCACAAACUCCGUACAGGGAGAAAGAGAAUCAAGCAAGAGGCCAGCUCACAGUGUCUGGAGGGGCGACCACCCCGAGCUCAGAGUGGUCCUGUAGAGUGCCAAAUUCAGACACCAGAUUUUCUUCUCUAUUCCCAGUUCCUUGGCCUUGGUUAGAUAUUCUUUGUUCCCCCUCCUGCAGUAUGAGCACAGACAGUUUGCUAGAUGUGUAUCUCCACGGGCCAUGAGUGAUGGUGGCACACCCAGGGCACAGCCUCUGUGCCCCAGGGCAGGCUCUGACCAUCUGCCCCUGGAGACUCACUCAUAGCACAAACCUUUGAGGAGCCCAGCUCAAGAAGGCUUUGAGGAAUCUUUUUGUUCAAUUCAGCAGACUUUGAACCAAACUUUGAUAGAAAGGGGAAAAAACCAUCCCCCCAAGACCUCCUUCAUGGACCCUGAGUUUUGACAGUCGCUUGUGUCCGUGGAUGUUCCCCAGCCAUCUGUGCUCACAAGCAGAGGGGUGAAAUCAGUGACUCUCAUUUGUAUUGGUGACCACAUACCUGUUCUUUUCACCACUGUGUUUCUGUUUCCCAAAACCAUAACAUUGUUAGUGGAAAAAGUGGAUUUGAGUACUUCCUGUUUGAAAUUAUUUGUGUAUCAAAAAUGGGUUUUGCACAACCUGUGCCAGUGCCUCAACAAAGAACAGAGCUGAUCUUCUUAAGCCAGAAAGGAUGCAUUCAAGCUUGUAUGGCUUUAUGAGUUCAAGGAGGUUGAAAUUUUUUCAGUGCUAAAUGGAUUUUUGUAUAUCUUGAAACUUUGAUGUAACCUCCUAUUUUAUUUAUCGACUUAAACAUCUGGCAUAGAUGUGCAUAGAAUGUAAACCUAGAAUACAGCUGUUUUCAUGUCACAUUUAAAGCACUGAAAAAAAAAAAGGCGUUUAAGGAUUAUUUUUUAUUAAAGAGGUCCAAUGAGGGAUGUUCAGGGUAGUUAUAUUAGGUGCCACAACAGUUUUUAUAUUGCUGGCAAAUUUAGAGUUAAUUUGUAAAUGAGUUUAAGGAAAGAAAAGCUUGAAGCACUAAACUUCACCAAAUUCAAAACAAUCUCGGCAAAAAUGCCAUUUUGAGGUAGCACUAUUUAAACUAGUUGUGCAAUGACUUGCUCUAAUUUUCUUUGUUCAAGAAAGAAAAGAAAAAAAAAAUCAGUCGCCAGACUAUAAAUUUCCUAAAUAGACUAUUACAAAGUCACCGAGCUAGUUAGUGACUCUAAACAAAUGUCAUAAAAGCAUGAAUAUCAUCCUUUAUUUGACAAGAGAUGUAUGUAAGUUUGUUUAAAUCAAUAUAAUUUUAGUGACAUUUUUAUAAGCUUCCCACUUUCCAUGAACCUAUAUUUUUUAUUUAUCCAAAGUUAUUUCUCUUUGUCCAUUUCUCUCAGCCUUAUGCAAACAAUAUGCAAGAAAUGCUGAAACUUGGAUAAAACGGGUCAUGCAGAGGGAAAAUGAAAGCUGAGAUUGAUCAUUUUCACGAAAAAAGGUUGUUAGUAGUUUCAAUAAAAAGUACUACUACUAAACUGUAACAUAAGCAGACAAUAAAAGAGGGAUUUAAAAUAAAAUGGAUUCAUAAAACUAUUAAGAUUAUUUUUGUUAAAUACAGUGUUUUUAGUAAUUUGGAACAUGAUUUCACAAUCAGCCGUGUUUUUUAGUUGGAAAUUUUUAGCUGAUGAUUUUUGACUGUGUAUUUUUGCAUCGCAACGUUCUAGAAGCCGUUACCUCCCCGGGCAGCCCGCGCAGGUUCCCGACGCGUCUCCCGCGGCGCCGGGGCGCUCCCCACGGGCUGGGCCGGGGUCCCGCUGCUCCUCCCCUGUCCCCUGCAGCGGGGACCCUGCGGAGCUGGCACCUCGGUGGCACAGGUGGCCGGAGCGGGACACGGCGACGUCCCCUGGGCCGGCUCGGGCUGGCGCUGGCGCGGUAGGAGUAGCUCUAGGACACGCCGGGUACACAAGGAUUGAGAAACUGGAGUCCUCGUUUUGUUUAUCCCUUGUACAUUUCACAGACAUGAAAAUUGAAAAAGGUGAAAUUUAUGAGGAAAAUCUAAUUUCCCAUUCCUGUUGAAUGGAUUUAGUUUGAUAUUGACCUGAUUUUACCAUGUGCCUGUUGAAGGCCUUAGAGUAUAUACUGUAUGUUAAAGACUGUAAUAACUUUAAAAAAAAAAAAAUAGUUGAUAGCCUAAUCCAAAUGUAAAUAGAGCUACAACUCAUUGUUACUAGGCUACAACGCAUUAAUUCAUGUCAUAUAUUUUCAUUUCUCUACCAUUAGUUUUUAAGGUUUUCAUUACUGCUUUUUUUGAUAUUUUUAGUAACUAAUGAAUUUAAUUUUGAAGGAGAGUUAGAGAAAGUUUAAAAUUUUUAAUACAUGUAUUCAGCCCAUUUAGUUAUAUUCUAAACCAACACUGAAGCAUGGUAAGGUAUAGAAUACAGUCCAUAACUAGUUUGUAUAGUUUACAGUUUAAGAACAAAAUUAACUUUGUAUGUAACUCCUACAAUGAUAGAUUCAUUGUUAACUAAUUAUAUUAAGUUGUUGUUGCUAUGGCAACAAAACUACAACAUGGCUACCUUUGUAUACAUUAUUUGUGAAAUUUUCACAUGUAAAUUAAAAGUGAUGUGUAACAGUAUGAGCUUGUUAAAGGUACAGUUCGAUACUGUCAGAUAAAGAUAUGAUUGAAUAUUUUUAAAAUCCCAAAGUCCCAUGUGAACGCUGAAUUUGUGUCUUUAAGGUCACUUUUUCAGUCAAGAAGUUUACAACACAUGGAUUUAGAGUCAGGUUUUAUAGCUUGUAGAAAUUGUUGUGUGGCAAGGGUUAUUCCACAGUAUUUUCACUUGGGAAACACAGCAGCCUGUAUUUACAGCGUAGUGACCGGUCUUGCUUUCAUUUCACAUCCAUUCACACGGUGGCAAUUCAGAAUUAAUCAGUUUCAGUACUGUAGCUUUGCCUGCAAUUUUCUUUUCUCCAGAAAUUGAACACUCACACAAUUACGUUACGAUCAGGGCUAAAUAAUUAAGCAUAUAACUAUUUUAAUACUAAUUUAUAUUAGCAAAAACUGUACAUAAGAAAAAAAAUAUUGUGGAAUGACCCCGUAACAGUGUUGAAGAUACAAAUAUGCUGCAGUUAAACUGAUUCAGUUAGUGUACGAAUGUGUGAGACACACCUUUUUUGCACUUAUGUACAUAGUCCACGAAAGAAAUCCUUGGAACUUAUUUUGAAUAUAAAAAGUCUGUAAUAAUACAGGAAAAGUUUGUAAAAGAGAUAGGUAUUACUAAGGCUUUGAAAAGGAGGAGUUUUUUGCUAUAAAACUUAUCUGAAAGCAUGAUGUUGCUUUGCUGUUGUAAAAGCUUUGUAGUUUGCCAUAGCUUAUUAUACAGCAGACUGAUAACAGGUCAGCUCCAACCUGCAGCACAGAGAAUGGGAAACGGUGUGGAAUUAAUUAGUAAGGUCACUAGCAAAGAUUCAAAUUACUUUUUUUAAUCAGCCUACAUUUUCAAACACACCCCAGGUCAUGUUUCUGAUAGGUUGUGUUCUCAGUGAAUCCUAUUAGGACUGGUAGGUCCAUGGCAGCACACACACAUUUUUCCUAGCACCUAAUCCUAUUUCUGUCUUGAAGUGUUUAUCUGUGGGAGGUGACUGUCAUUGUGGUGAGUGUUUUAAAUCCCAGAGUGAAUUUGAAAUGUCACAACUUCUUGAUUUUUAUUUUUUUAACCUUUUGGGGCAAGGUAACAAAAAGGAAGGAGCUGGUGAACCAUAGAUGGGCAGGGAUGGGUUGGGAUUGUAUGGGACCAGUUCUUUCUGCUGUGUGACAGCCAUGGUGUGAUUUGAGAGGCACAAGGUAGUGCUGCUGGUGUGGCCAGCUGGGUGCUCCAGGCUGGGACUAACAAGCCCCUUUGAGUUGCCACCAAAGGAGAGCAAAGCUGUGGGUCCUCAGUGAGCAGCCUCUUGUUCCUGUUUGCGUUGGCACUGCUGGGACUCUGCAGUGCUGGGGGAUUUUGGAGCAGUUAAGUGCCUGUGUUGACCCAUUUAUUUUUGAUUGGAACAAGUUUCGGUUUUUGUUGGAUUUUUUAAAUUUUUUUUUUUUUUUCUGCAAAACCCAAGCCCCAGUUUUGCUUCAGAAAAGUACCUGGUUUUGCCAUGAGUCUGUCCUGACUCAAGCAGUGAGGGGCAAGUCCCCCAGAGCAGAACUGGUGGGAGGUGGCAUCCAGUGUGACUGUCACCCUUGCUGGAUGCCCCAGGCUGGAGCUGAGCUGUUGCUGCCAAGCCCAAGAGCUGUUCCUUGGCCAGCAUUUCUGACCCCUGGCGAUGCCACUGUGUGCCCAGCCAGCCCAUUCUGUACCACAGGGCUGUGCAAGUGGUGGUUUGCUGAAUUGGAACAGCCCCAGGGUCUUUAAAAUGAGAGAAAAUCAGAUGUUGCUUCUCUCCGUGGUGUUAUGUAAUAACCUAGAUUUUAAUACAAAAUAUUCAGCUAGUUCAAGCCACCACACGAUUAUGGCUUCCCUUUGCCAUCAUCAGUUUCUAUAAUCAAGUUCUUUCUCAUUUCUAGGAUUAUGAGAGAAAAAUAUUUUGCACUAUGUGAAAUGAAUCAUAGCUGGUCAAACUUUGUCGGGGUAUGAGCAUGAUCAUGACAACACUGCUAAAAUCUUUGCUAGUGAUUUUACUGACAUCCUCUAUCAUCAAAAAUAACUCUAUAUGCCUCUCAAAGGAGAUAUUUAAACAUGCAAAAUAACACAACUGUUAAAUAAAAUGAAGUUAUUUUUCCAAACACACAACAGAGAGAAUUACCUGACACCGAAUUACAAGGUUCCAGUUCUUUAUUACUGUACACAGAUGCUAUUUGAUAGUGGUGGAAGCCAAAUGAUUUUGUUGCCAUGGCUUUUGUAUCCUAGCAGAUGAGGGGAUGAUAAGACCAUUCUUAGAUUGGAUUAUGGGAUUUUUUUUUCUUUCCAAUUAGCUUUGUUUUAAUUUUUUUUUUUUUUAGAUCAUGAAAAUGAACCAACUCCUCACCCUUUAUUACAUCACCUGACAAAAGAUCACUAUUUUUUUUUAUAAAUAGAGAAUUGUAUUUUAGGCAAUCACUAAAAUCAAAGAGAGAAUGUUCUCCUAAAUUGUCAAUUUUUAAUUUAAAUAUAUAAAAACAUUUAUACUAUACUGUGUAAAGUAGAUCUUUGAAGCACAUUCUUCUUUUCAUAGGCAUUUCUGGUAAAACAAUGUAAGGGAAACAUUAGAUAUCAAUUUAAUGGAAUAGUUUAGAAAAUAUACACAAAUGAUUACACUUAGCCCUGUGGAAUUGUAAGAAAUUAAAAUAUCAUUGGAUCCAGACAGGCGUAGGUUAAUGCAGUAUUUCAGUUCCAUAACAGGAUAGUUCAUUCCCUCAACUGCUACCAACAGGGUGUAUGCUUUGAAUUUAUGUUUCUUUUUGCCACAUUAUAUUGCUGUAGUGCUUGUACGUGCUUUAGAAAUGUGCAUAAUGCUACUCAUUUUAGUAUGUUACUUCUAUAUUGUUAUUGUUUAUUUUUUGAUCUUUUAAUAAAGUGUAUAAAAUUC